AUGGGUCGGGGACGUGGAGCCACCCUCCCAGCCCAUGUCACUGGCUCUCGCACCAAUCACGUCGCCCCGGGGCGACCGGCACCCGCUGUCACACCUGGCCUUGCCGAUGAGGAGGCCAUCAAGGAAGCAGCCGCCAUUUUGCCCGAGCAUAUGAGGGCGCGAUACAUCGAGGACGAGCGUAAAAAAGCCGCAGCCGCGAAUAGGGUUGAGAGAAAACGGCCGGGACGGAGACGAAAGGACACUCGUGCGCAACAAGGGCCUCUGGGAGAGCUUAGAAAGAGGCGCGCUGCUUCGGGAACUGCUAAUGGUCUGAAGAGUAAGCCGGCAUUUAGUCUCGGUUCUUUGAUCAAGGCUGCGAGCAAACAGGAAACUAGCCUCACCAGACGUGAGCCGAGCCGCCUAAAGAGCGCUGCGAAAAUGAAAAGAGCAGAAGCUUUGAGUGUUUACACAGCGGUUUCGAGGACAAAGGAGAGCGUGGAAAGGGAGGAACGAUUGCGGCGGGAACAGGAGAUGAGACUACAGGAAGAGGAGAGGCAAGAGAGGGAGUUUUAUGAAGACCUUAGGGUGCGGGAUCGUGAAUACAGAAAGCAGCAAGCAGAUGCGUGGAGAAAGGAAAAGACUGUAGCGAGCAAGAUGAGGGACUCCCACUAUGUCGCUUGGCUCGAGAAACAUCUCUUCUCGGGUGAGGACAAGGUUAAGGAGGAUAGUCUUGAGUACCUGGGGCUGCGAUUGCGGCCGGUCACAGACGACGAGCAAGUAUCGCGACUACUAACUAUAGAAGUUACAGAGAUAUAG